GUUUGUUGUUGAGUGUUUGAGAAAACGAAAGCCUUGCCAGAAGAACGAUAAGAUUGUAGAAUUAAGUGUAGUCAUUAUCUAGGGGGGAAAGUAAGAUUAAGCACCCAACGUCUUGGUCUUUUAAACGGACAAGAGUUUAGGAGUACAAUUUGGCAAAGGUACAAAGUGAGAGGCUGUGAAACCCUCUGCGUGUAUUGAUUAGUGGUCUCCUCUGUCGUACAAAUGGACAUCAACUUUCGUGUGUUGAAAGAGCCGUUAGGGUUCAUCCGCACCAUCCAGAUAGUUAUAGCAAUUUUUGCCUUUGCUACGACAUCUGGAUUUGGUUCAAAAUCGUCGUUUCGGGUGAAGUGCAUGACCUCGGAGAAAGAGACCGACAUUAAUUAUGAAUAUGGUUAUCCUUUCCGAUUACGCUACUCCAAUUUCAUUGUGCCGAAAUGUGACGGGACUUAUGACACCACCACAGAGAAAAUUCCCUACGACUUCUCAAGUAGUGCGGAGUUUUUUGUCACCACUGGAGUUCUAACUUUCAUGUACUCGCUUGGAAUCACCUUGUUCUACAUCUUUGCCCAUCAAAAAUACAUUGAUGACCAAGUUGUGCCAAUUACUGAUCUUGGUAUCACCGGAAUACUGACCAUCUUCUGGUUAGCUGGGUCGAGUGCUUGGGCUCAGGGAGUAAGUGACAUGAAGUAUUACACCAGUCCAGUCACUUUGGCUAAGAACUUGGAAGUUUGCAGCACACUCGCGACAUGUGAAACCACGUUUGAAGGAAACUAUGCGACAUUAAACGUGUCCUUGAUCUUCGGUUUUGCAAACUGCCUGUUAUGGGCUUCUAGCUUGUGGUUUGUCUACAAGGAGACGGUUUUUCAUUAUCAGCGACAAGAACUGUUGAAGCAACUUCCACCACAGUACCCCCAAAGCUAUCCUCAAACACAGUCUCCAGGGAUGGACAUGCAAUUCCAAUACUAAAGGUGUUACACCUGUCAGAUUCGUAUUCUCGCGGCUAAGCUUAAGGUGUCGUCAAGAUAAUAAAGCAGCAACCAUGGAGCAUACGUUACCAAGUACCUUUUCCUCUCCUCCUCUCAAUCCCCAGAGGUUCAAGUAUAGAAGAUAAAAGAUGUAGCAUAUAAAACUAGUGAAUAGUGUUUGUUGUUGUAUAAAAACGUAGAUGUGGACACCUGUACCUUAUAGAAAGUACACCCAAGUACUUAAACUAUGCAUGUUCUUCCAUGAUGUUUAGAAUGUUAUUAUAUAUAUUUUAUUCUUUCUAUUUGGGAGCGAGAACAUUAUAACACACAAUCUGACUUACUUUAUUAAGGUUCCAUUCAAUCAAGAGUUAAUAUACGCAGUAGACCCGUGUGAAUAGACGGAGAUUGAACUCUCCAUACGUUACACUAAGCUAUUUAAACUUUAUUUGGCUGUAAUGGCGAAUACACUUUUUGCUUUGCUUUUCUUGUCGAUUCGUGUUCACAAUUUCCAUCAAGUACAACUACACUAACAUGUGCAAUGUUCGAUCAUUAGUGAAGCCCACUAGCACGCUCAACCCUCCGUACGUUCAUGAUGUUAGAAAACACGUCGGUUUGAUAAAAUAAUUCAACGUUUCUAUACGUGAUGUCAUUGUUGCGGGUAUAGUUUCACUGCUGCUUCUGUUGCGAAAAUAGUCCCACUUCUACCACUGUCAAAAAUGUAAUUGUACAAAAAUCUUUUUAAAGUAUACAACACAUUUUACAUUGAUUUUUGAAAUCAUAAGCUCAGUAAGUGCAGCUGUAAUCAAAUGCACUUAAAAACUUAGCACUCAGUAUGUUAUAGUAACCACUGACCUUCGACAUAUUUAUACUGCUUUAGGACAGUUGAUAGAAUAGAAUGGAACUGGACAUAAGAUAUGUGUAAUUUAAUUUUGAAGUUAUAAUUUUUCAAUAGUUUUAAACUAUAGUCUAACUUAACUUCGUAACAUAUGAAGCUUCUAUUAAAUCAUAAAAAGAAUAAAAUAACAUUUAACAAAUUUCUUGUUGUUCUUCAUGUAUGGCCGUAUUCAGCCGUUUGAAUGAACAUAAUCUGAUCAUGUAUUUACAUACACAUAACCCACAUAAAUAUCAUAAUUUAUCGGAUUAAGAACAUUUUGAUUCAUAUAUAUUAUUACGUUUUCUUUUAUAGAUGAUUUGGGCCGAGUAUUCAUGCACAACCCAAGAGAAAACGUCAAAGUAUCUUAGUUAUCUUUGUUUUUUAACAACGUGUUAUUUGCCCAUCAACGAAAUUAUUUUUACAAAAACGUCUUGUUUUUCGACCAAAGUAGAUUUAUCUUACUUACUAGUCAGCUUUCUAACUCAUCAAUCAUUUCACGAUCGAUGUGGCAAAAAGGGUGUGAUAGGAAAACAGUAAUUUAUAUCUAUUUCUGGCCCGAGCGUGUCAGGCUGUGGAUCCAAGAUUUCGCGCCUGUUACCGACAAAACAAAAAUUAUGUUCCGCACUUUCGGUCCGUAGGACCCUAAUAAGAGUUACGGUCAAAUCCCGCUAAUCGAUUACAGUACCCCACGAGUUGGCGGUGGACGGUGUUGACUAGCUGCCUUCCCUCUGAUCUAUUACUUAAAAAUUGUGGACGGCUAGUGCAGAUAGCCCUAGAGUAGCUUUGCACGAAACUCAACAAACAACAACAAUAUAUAGUUCUUUGCUUGUUAAACAAGAGAGCAGUGCUAUCGUCAAGGGUCAGCAGGCCUGUUUUGUGUUUUACUUGAUAACUGUUAAAAUAAGAUACAAGGAUACAGAGUUAAAUUAAUAAAUAUUCACAAACUACAGGGGACCUUAAGUGUCUCUAAAAAAAUCGUCAGCUUUGCUAUCAGUUACUUGGUGCACCUUUUAUUUUCAUUUCAUUCUGAAGCUAAGUUGAAUACACGAGAAUAAAGACACUUAGAUGCCGAAUCAAAGCAGUCUUUUAAUAAAUCUUGAUGUUUGACCAGAACAGUAAGAUCACUAAGGCACAUUUUAUGAAACAGGGUUCUGCAAAGCGCUAUUAAAGGAUUUUUUAGAACUGUAAUUUUCAAAUAUAAUUUGAAAUAUAUAUUGAGCCAGUUGG